AUGGCCCUCCUGUCACGGUCGCUCCGCCCCGUGCGACAGACCACCUUCCACACGGAUGAUAACGGGCUGGUGUCGCUGAAAAAACACAACAAACCGAAUGAGAAUGUUCCGCAUCGCGGCAAGGGUUCUUCCGACUGUCUAGACACCACUACCCAGGACAUCCCGACCGACACCAGUAAAGCCCGACACGUCAACCCUUCCCUGGCCACGCGCCCGCGAACUUCGACCCGGCGCAAUCAUCGAUCCUCUUCUGCCUCUAUCGACACUGUCGCUUCGCCUAGUCAAUUGAAAAUAGCAGGGAAUUCCUCUGUAAAUGGUAAUGGUGUCAGCCAAACCCCUCGCGGGGUUCCCGAUAUCGCUUCCGCGACAGAUUCCCUACGUGAUGGAUGCGAGUCGCCGGACCCAUUGGACACCAUCUCACCGGCUCCUGUUGAAGAUGCUGCGAAGUUGCGUUCCGGAGCUUCUGUUCAGGCUGGUCGCUCGGAGAGCAUACGCAAAUCUCCUAUCACGAAUAUUGGUGCCCGACACAAUGACCCCGAUCCGAAAACGGAUCCGGGUAAGAAAAUUAAGACUGAGGGCAAUGAGCUGGCGGUUCCUGAAGCGCGUCCGGCCGAUGCGACUCGGUCGCAUCAGAAGCCAAAGACCGAGCCUAUUCCCGAUCAGCAUGCAGGACAAUCUACGGAGAGGCGAUCACUACGCUCAGGAGAUAGCGGUUCCAAGACCAAGAGCGAGCUGGCACAGUACUUCUACAACUAUGAGCAGAUAAUAUGCCUUGAUGAUCCCAAGCCAGAAACUCUCGCAGCGAACACGCUCCUUACGUUGGUGGACGACCUUUCGGAAAAAAUCCCACCUCCAUCUAAGAUAGACUCAAAACCUUUCGGAAACCCGCUGAAGAAUUUGUACAACUGCCAGAUUGUCACACUUCCCAAGCCUUCAUCUAGGAAUGCGGACCCACUGGGCGAAGAUCUCUACUUCCGCGCACAUCGCAAAUUCGAGCGGCAAGAGAAGCAACUGCGCAACAUUGAGCGAGACCGUGCGCAGCAUGAGAAAGAGAAAGUUGACCGGCUCUUGGAUGACCUGCGGGGACAAGACUGGCUACGAAUCAUGGGUCUCACCGGCGUCCAUGAGAGCGAGAAGAAGCUUUACGAGCCUAAACGGAAGAUUCUCAUUCAGGAGCUAGUCGCUGUAGUGAAUAAGUUUCAAGCUUGGAAGGACGAGGAGAGACGUCGGAAGCUAGCUAGAGAGAAGCCGCCAGCUGAAGAUGCUGAAGCCGAGUCUCACUCCUCUCGAAAGCGAGCGCGACCCGAAGACGAGAAAAGCACACCGGGGUCUGGGAUUGGGACUCCUGACCCCAGCGAUGUGGAUGCUUUGGCAGCACGCCAGCUACACCAGGAGGCGCGCACCGCUUCGGCGACCAGGCGACCCAAAUCCAUGUCUUCAACGCGCAAGCCCAAGUCCGAGCCCGUUGAUAACGACAACAUCACCCCAGACCAAAAACGCUCUAUCAAGCGCCAAAAGAGAAACUACGAUGCAAGCCCUUCACCACUACCCACAGUCUCUCCUACGGCCAUCAACUCUUCACCUCCAGACGACAAGCCAUUCACAUCCUACCUCAAAGACCCGAAUCAACGCGCAACUGCCGUCGUCGUUAUGAACGGCACAUCUCACAGUCCCAGUCAACCCAUCAUAGCAUUUGGACAGCCCAUUCCCGAAAUAGAGGAACAGGAAUUUGCACCACCGUCCGAUCUUCUCACAGAAGAAGCGAUCAAGGCAUCUCAGCGACAACGCCGCCGCCUGAAACGACAAAGCCAGAGUUGA